UCGGAUCGGCUGGUCGGAUUGUUGCAGAAGCGACCGAAAUCAACCGGCUGGCCUGGCCAGAUGGAGGGAGACAGACGUGAUGGAGAUGUGGAGACCACUUGGCGGCCAGAUGAUCGGAUCAACGCGAUCUGCCUCUGA